ACUCUUCCCCAGAUUCCGUUUGUGAGUGAAGGUAAAAUUGCGGGUUGUACACUUCCACUUGCACCCCACCAUGCAGUAGUCGGAUUUGCGACUGGGAAAGUUCAGCAAUACAUAUUUAUUUACCCCUAAAGAAAAAGGUUCAUCAAUUCCCAUGCAAAUAGUUAUUCUAUUGCAGUAUUCGGUAUGUCUUUUUUUAAAGACGCUGGCUGGUUCGAGUUUAACCACGUAACUUUUUGUUAGUAUUAUAAUAUCUGAUGGAUCUGGGACUUCAUCUCAAUCUCUGCAACUCUCAAAAUUCCAUGUUUUUAAGGUACUAUUCUCUACAGAUUUACCUUCCCUUCUGCAAAACCCAUCUGGCAUUUGUGUCGUUGAGCAGGAGCUGUUGCAUUAUGAGGCCUUAAUGCUUUUUCUACUCGAUCUUAAGUUUAACAACCCAAAACCAUAUUUAUAUGGAUAGAUUUCAGAUGGGGUCCUUGCUGCAGUGAAGGAAAUUAUGGAUAUGUGGGGGGUUCCCGUUCCUGCAGGAUAUACUGGUUUUUGUUUGAUGCUACCCACUGGUCAUUGUGUUAUAAUUGUUUGUAAAUUUAAACCCCAUGUUUCCCCUGUCGGGUGGGUUGGAAAAAAAAAAAUACUUUAGGCAUCUCGGACCUGAAUCAUUUCGAUUUGCCUCUAGCAUCUGUUCUGCUCAAUCGCAGGUUGGAAAGCUUUUAACUUCCAUUCACAAUGACUUGAAUGGAGGUUGGUCUGGUUUGUGGUCAUCUUUAACUGAUCUUGUGAGGGAGACAGACAACUUUGUUGAGUUUGAAAAUGAGAUCUGUAGAGGAUAAGGGGUGUUACAACCAUGGGUCAACGGCUGAGAUUUCAACUAGCAGUGCCACUAGUUUUGAGUUUCACAAAGGUAAUGGAGCUAAUACCCGCAAUCAUAGGACUGCCUUGGGUAAACCGACACCCUCAAAAUGGGACGAUGCACAAAAAUGGCUGGUUGGAUUGUCAAGAGUGGGAGAAAAAAGCCAGUCGAAAACCAAGCCACGGAAUUCAAAUGCUGAUGACCUGAGACUAAUAGCCCCUGUUCCGCAAAAGGAGCAGGAUUACUCGAGCGGUGAGGAGGACGAAGGUGAAGAAGAACAAAAUGGAUGUGCCGUUUCUGCAAUGACAGAUCAAUAUGGAGUGGAAACAAAGAAGGUGGACGAGUCAGUUUGGCGUGGCGGUAAGCCUUCAGAGAGUUCAACACCGGCUGUGCGAUCAAUAUGUGUGAGGGACAUGGGAACUGAGAUGACCCCAGCUGCAAGCCUUGAGCCUUCAAGAACAGCCACCCCGAUUAGAGCCACAACUCCUGCAGCAAGGAGCCCUGUAGCUUCGGGAUCCUCCACCCCAGUCAGGUGUCAAAAUGGAAAGCAAAACGAGGGGUAUCAGACUGAUGGUAGAGGAGAAGCCAUUCCUAUUGGCAGGGGGAGUGGCGCGAGCAGACAGUGCGGAGGCGACUCAAAUGAUUGCUAUAGGCCUGAGAACAAGAAUUCAGAUCAAGGUAAAACGAUGAGUCCUUUAGAAAGCAGAGCAAUGGCUUGGGAUGAGGCAGAACGUGCCAAAUACAUGGCAAGGUAUAAGCGUGAAGAGGUGAAGAUACAAGCCUGGGAAAAUCAUGAGAAGAGGAAGGCUGAGAUGGCAAUGAGGAAAAUGGAGGUACUUCUUUUUUAUUCAGGAUUUCAUAAAAAAAGAACUGGAAAACCAUGUAUCUUCAUUUAUAUUCAUGGUCUCGGUUAGCCAAGCCAUAUAAAGAUUAGAAAAGAAGAAAAAAUAAGAAUGGUGUGGACAUGACAAGGAAAGCUGCAUUGAAACUUAAAAGCUAUAAGCAUAUGAGUCAAUUUAUUCCAGGGAAUGCAAUCCAACAAGUUUGCAGCAAACGCCUCUCUCAUAUCAUGCUUCAUGAAAAUUCCAACAUCCAUUGCUUAGGGUGCCUCAGUAACUAUAUGGAAGAAUUAAGACUUACAAGUAUAUAGCUGUAACAGUUCAUCAUAUGGUCUGCUCAAAUACCACCAUGGAGAUUUACCAUUUAAUUU